UCACAGCCAAGCCAACAAGAGCAUGCUGCAUGCUAUGCUGAAUUCUUUUCCCUAUUUUGUUAAGUUUUUUCAUUUUGUCAGGGCAAAUCGCUUCUUAAACAGUUACAGCCUUUGCUUUAUGUUCUUUCGUUUAAUGUACUGAAGAAAAAUGAGUGAAAAUAAAAAUGGAAACCAUCGUUUUGGCAGUGAUAACGUUUUGGAUAGAGGAAUGCCACAUGGUCACCCUGCUAAUGCAAAUAUGGCGCCUAGUAAAAAUUUCAAAGUGGAAGUUUCUUUGUGGUUAGCUCGAUUGAAAAUCAUUCUCCUUGUCAUUUUCUACAUGCUCCCUUGGCCUAUAUUUGGAGACUUGUAUUACAAAAUAUUGCUGGCUAACUCUGCUGCAAGUUUUAUUUGCGUACAAUUACGAUUGUCUUCUACAGAGACUCAAUACCUGACAAGGAUGUUGCAAGACGAUCGUUUUCAUAACGCCCUAUAUUCCGCGAUUCUGUUUCAUUACCCUCCACUCCCAUGUGUGUGGCUGCCAAUUUUUUUGUUUUCUUUUCUGCAGAUUGCUAAUCACCCUUGGUUUGACAAGAUGGAUGAAUCUGGCUUAAUAGGGAGGAUCACAUCAUUUGUGGAAUCACAAAGCAUUGUGUUAUUGAGGAUAAUUGCUGUCACAGAAAUAUUGAUACUUGCUCUUAUUCCAUUUCAUCUUCAGGGUUGGGCAUUUCGUGAUAUUGAAUUGACCUUGUUUACCAUCUUUUGGUACCACAAAUUCUUGACUAUGCGUUUUCAUUCCAAACUAAAUCCCUUUACUCGGAUCGUUUUGAGCGAACUCAGAGACGAAAUUGAACAGAUUGCACUGGAACCAUCCUGUCCAAGAACUCUCCGCACUCUGUUGUUGUCUGAAGUGACGUCGUUGUUUGCGCCUCGAGUCGGUGGCAACGAACUGCAACAUUUUAUUUGUUCGGAAAAACCAUUGUUUGGGAAGAACAGUUUCCUUUCGGGAUUGGCUUAAACGCAACCACCGUUCCUACUUUAAAUUUCUCCCCGCUCAGUAAUGUUUUGGAAAAACCCGACCUUGAUUUAUACUACAUUUAACUUUUGAGGAAACACGGAUGUAUUGUUAAUUGAAAUAACAACAAAAAUUUAAUACAGGAAAAAUCCUUUUGCAAGAUGAA